CUAAAGCAUCAGCGCUCGCCACGUAUCAACGUCCUCCGCUCUCUGUCUCUCGCUCACUCUCUAUCCUUCCGUUGCAAAAUCCGAUUCCAAUCGAACGCAUCGCCGACUCACUCCGAAGCAGUUGAGUAGAUGGCGAUGUCACUCAGAAAGGUCUGGGAAUCGGUCUCUAGCCGUUCCGCUUCGAGCUCGAUUUCGAACCCCUUUCCCUCCCCCGAUCAGCACUACGCCCAACCCUCUUCGACUGGGGCAUUUGAUCGAAUACCUCUGGACAUAUUCAUGCAAAUCCUGAAAUUCCUCGGGCCCAAGGACGUGGCCAAGCUGAGUGCCCUUUGCAAGUCUUGGAGACUGAUCGUCUCGGACAAUCUUCUGUGGAUUCACUUUCUUCAAAACCAGGAGGAGUCUGGGGACUCGAUCCUCUUCGCCGAAACGAGUCUGCGAUUGGGUUACCCUAUCCAGGCACUUCCUACUCAGAUGUCUCAGUUGUCAUUCAUGCAUAUCUAUGGUCAACGAUUACGAGUCCCUGGCUCUGUUAUUAUUGACGGUGGUUCAGGUUAUUGCAAGUUUGGCUGGAGCAGAUGUGCUAGUCCAUCCGGGAGAACUCCAACAUUUUUGGAAUUUGGUAACAUUGAGUCUCCAAUGUACUCUAAACUUAGACAUUUUUUUGCAACAAUUUACCGCAGGAUGCAGGUGAAAACAUCUUCACAACCAAUUAUUGUCUCUGUUCCAAUUUGUCAUUAUGAUGAUACUGAAUCUGCUAAAGCAGCUAGAAAACAGCUAAAAGAGAACAUCAACUCAGUACUCUUUGACAUGAAUGUCCCUGCUGUUUGUGCUAUCAAUCAGGCAACUUUAUCUCUGUAUGCGGCAAGACAAACUUCAGGAGUUGUUGUUAACAUUGGUUUCCACCAGACAUCUGUUGUUCCAAUUUUAUCUGGUAAAGUAAUGCGUAAGGUUGGUGUUGAAGUUGUGGGAAUGGGAGCAUUGAGGCUUACAGGAUUCCUUAGGGAGAUGAUGCAGCAGAAUGAUGUACAUUUUACCUCACUGUACACUGUGCGCUCAUUGAAAGAG